AGUAUUCAGAACAAAUUAUAGAUUUUAAUACACACCUUAAUAUAAUCCGUGUACAUAUUAGUGUCACAUCAACAUCCCUGCCCAUGCAUGAGUCAGGAUCAAAAGAUGCACGGAAUAUUGAACUUAUUACUGAUUUGCUCAUAUUUUGUAGUUGUAACUUGUUCAAACCUUUGGUGUUUUAAAUGCACUGCAACACGAGAAGAUCCGAAUGGUUUGGCAUGUUCAGAGUUCGAUUGGAGUCAAAACUACCAAGUCGAAUGUCCAAAAUCUACAAUGUGCAGGAAAAAGACAUCGACUAUCCCAUUAGCAAAUGGUCAAGAAAUUAAGAGUAUUGAGAGGGACUGUGCCCCACAACUUCAGGAUGUUCACAAAUAUGAUUUUGCCAGACGAGAAUGGAAUUUAUCACAAGAAGUCGUAGAGACAGCUUACAGUUCGGGUUGUACAGUAGGCGAAAAUAAAGGCAGGCCUGGUCCACCGACAGAAUACUGUUAUUGCUAUGGUCAUUUUUGCAACCAGUCUAACUCUAUUGGAAAAAUUGGUUCCUCUCUUAUAUUACUACAUAUACUUGGCCUAAUACUUUGUAGUUGGGCACAUUCUAAAUCAUGAGAGAGAUAGGCAUAUGAAAAUGGAAUUGAAUCUUGGUGUUUCUGACAGUGUAAUUACUUAGAAAAAUAUUGUAUCUUAAUAGUGUAUAGUGCAAUUCGAGAAAAAGGUUACAAAAGUUGUAAAAUAAUGAAUUGUGCAAAAUAAAAAUAUUUUCUCACCUCCGAA